UGGCACAUGCUGCUCCGUAAGAGCGCAAAAGGAAGGUCAAUAAAUUAUGUUAAUCAGUCAGGACAGAUUGGAGGCGUGUUGUUGGCGUAAUGAGGGGGAGCAUGCCUGCACUGUGGAAAAGCUCCGAGCACUAAAUGCUGUCUCCACUACACGCGCGCUGCCUCCGAUUUCCCCAGCCUCUCUUUUCACUUUAUUGUGCAUUAUAGCCAUUUCCUCUGCUGCAGACUACUGUGCAAAAGCGGACUCGGUGCAACAAGUUUUGCAGGAGCCGUCAGCGCAGGUUGGCUCGCUUUGGCUGGAGCGCCACUCAUCUAUCUGUCUGUCACCACCAAAGUCACUGUACGUGAACGCCGCGUCGCAGGCGCACUCUCACACUCUCCACACACACGCAGAACAGUGUGCCAUACAUUCGUGACUCCGCGCCAGAUGCAGUUUGCUCCCAACAAGCGCGCGUAGUUGUAGUUCAAUGGACAUCGCGGAGGCAAGAGGAGCAUCUAAGUGCGUGGGAAAAAUGGAGAAAGAAGUGGCGCAUCAGAAGCGACAAUAUUGCCGCACAACAGUGCUGAACAUCAUCUCGUCUUUAUGCUCCGUGGCGUCAAUCGCCUUCUGCAUUCUCCUGAGCAUUAACACAGCUGAUAUUAAGAGCCGGGUUGUGGAUUUGGAGAGUGGGAAUGACGAACACACCUUUAUCCGAGCCCCGGGCUACUCCAUGGAUGAUUUUAAUUCAUUGGUUGAACAAAGAGUAGAUGAGCUGCUCUCUCAGCGCUCCUAUGAAAAUUUUGUCAAGAUUCGGACUGCCAGACAAACAUCACCUGAAUGCAGCUGCCCUCCAGGACCUCCGGGAAAGCGAGGAAGAAGAGGCCGCAAUGGAGAACCUGGACCUCCUGGCCCUCCGGGUCCCAAGGGUGAAAAGGGGGAUCAAGGCGACCAGGGACCACGGAUGGUCUUCCCUAAGAUCAAUCAUGGCUUUCUUUCCGCUGACCAGCAGCUCAUAAAGCGGCGGCUCAUUAAGGGAGAUCAAGGGCAAGCUGGACCACCUGGGCCUCCGGGGCCACCAGGCCCUCCAGGGCCAAGGGGGCCCCCAGGUGACACAGGGAAAGACGGGCCCAGAGGUGUACCUGGUCUACCAGGAGAUCCAGGGCAGCCUGGAGAAACGGGAGUGAUGGGACCUGAAGGGCCACAAGGGCAGAAGGGUGCACUUGGGCCUCCUGGCAUCCCAGGUGUUGAUGGACUGAAGGGGGAUGUUGGCAUCCCAGGACUGGACGGUGUCCCCGGAGCCAAGGGUGAAAUGGGAGAGCGAGGUGAAAAGGGCGAUAUGGGUGAAGACGGACCGAAAGGUGAUACAGGAGAGAAGGGUGAUGCGGGUUCCUCUGCAGCAGGCAUCAAGGGUGAACCUGGAGAGCCUGGACGAAGUGGACUAAAGGGAGAGCCAGGACUUCCAGGGCUGCCUGGACUCCCAGGGAUAAAGGGUGAGCCUGGAUUCCUCGGUCCCCAGGGAGAGCCAGGGCUCCCAGGACUCCCAGGAACUAAGGGUGAGAAAGGUGACCAUGGGCCACAAGGAAAGGGUGAAAGAGGGGAAAUUGGACCUCUUGGACCAAAGGGUUCACAAGGCGAAGCUGGUACACCUGGUCCUAAAGGGUCAAAGGGGGAGACUGGAGAUAAAGGAGACUUGGGAUCUAUUGGCCCAAAGGGGCCCCCUGGGCAGAAAGGAGACCAAGGAGCCACUGAAAUCAUCGACUACAAUGGAAACAUUCAGGAGGCUUUACAGAAGAUUACCACUAUUACAGUAACGGGUCCUCCUGGACCUCCUGGGCCGAUAGGACCACAGGGGACAAAGGGGGAUCGUGGUAUGCCUGGUCUCCCAGGACUCGAUGGUGAAAGAGGCUACAAAGGCUCCAAAGGAGACAUGGGAAUGCCUGGAGCUUCAGGGGAUAAAGGAACAACUGGUUUGCCUGGUCUACCUGGUGUCAACGGGGUUAAAGGAGAUAAGGGCGAUUCAGGUCUACCUGGCCCUCAAGGUUCUUCAAUCACAGGCCCUCCAGGGCCACCAGGGCCCCACGGACCCCCAGGACCCAUGGGCCCCCAUGGAUUCCCUGGACCAAAGGGGGAGCCUGGUUUGCAUGGUGUAAAGGGUAUCCGAGGGGAACCAGGACACAAAGGGGACCGCGGACCACUGGGCCUCCCCGGAGCCUCCGGCUUGGACGGCAAGCCCGGAAUUAGGGGUAUGGAUGGACCUGCUGGUCCAGCUGGUCCAGCUGGGCCGAAGGGUGACAUUGGUGAGAGAGGACCAGCAGGCGAGCCAGGACCGAGGGGACCUUAUGGACUACCUGGAGCUGCUGGGACACCAGGCUUGGAUGGGGAGAAGGGAAAGAAGGGCAAAAAAGGGCCUAAGGGCGAGAAAGGAGAACAGGGUGCCCCUGGAUUAGAUGCACCCUGCCCAUUGGGCCCGGAUGGAUUACCAAUGCCUGGAUGCUGGCAGAAGUGAUCACUCUAACCUGAAACGCAUGGAGUUUGUAAAUAAUGCUUCUUUUAUGGUAUUUAUAGUUUUUUUAAUGGAAAAAAAUGUCUAAAAGAAAAGAAGUCUAUGUGUACAAUGAUACAAAAAGAGAUAACCGUCCCGAGUUUCACGCUCUAAGCUGCUUCUACUCACAUCACCUUGUGGAAAAAAAACAAAACAAACGUGUGUGUCCGCUGUCUCACAUCCACAUCGUGGUGGAGUUCUGAUCCUUGGCUGGCGGCAGAACUUGUCUCUGUAGUCUUUGCAUGGCUCAGACUGGAGCGUCGUGGCCCGGCCAGAUUCAUGGAGACAUGGAAGGAGGAGGAGGAAGUGGAGGAGGAUCUGGACUGGCUCUCUAACACCAAACGCUAGGUGUUUUGUGUUGUUUGGUCUCAACAAGCUCACUGCCCAUUCAUGCAGCAUCAUUUUCUAAAAAAAAAAAAAAAAACAAACUGUGCCAAACAGAACAUUGCACCCCCGACCCUGCAAAAGCAUGAGUAGUAAACUAUAUUUAUAUGUAUUGUACAUACAUGUCACUGUUUUGUGAUUGCGUCAUGGCUUCUGCAGAAAACAAAAACAACACUAACAUAAAAAAACAACAACCCCAGAGCUCUGAAUUAGUAAUUUCUGCUUUCCUUUAAUCUUCCCAAGGGAGUCACGCCGUGGCUGGUAGCCUGAAAAUCCCCAGAAAGCAAAGUUGGUUCUUGUUGCUUUAUUGUGGUGAUGCCUGCAGAGGGUAUGAUAUCAGCAGGUUUUCACUGUUGCACUCAUGUGGCUCAGCAUCAUCACCAUCAUCAUCAGUGUGGUGCCUCCCAAACCCACACGUCUCCGGACAAGAGGGGAGAACUUAGCAGGCUCACCGCACUGUUAGGGAAACAAAUCAGGCUCAUGUGUAUUUGAGAUUGGACAGGCCUGCUCUGGACCGCCCUUCUGAGCACGAGGGAGCGGAUUCUGCAGGAGAGCCGCUAAGAGUCUCAUCGAUCUCUGUAGAGAUCAGCUGGAGCGUCUGCCUCUCCUAACGGGCGAGAUCUACUGAGAGCGUUAACAGAAUGCAAUCAUGUUCUUUUUUUUGUUGUUUUUGCUCUCAUUCUUUAACAUUGUUUGUAUUUUGUGUAUAAUAGCCUUUGGUGCCUCAAGCUUUUAUUCAUUCCUUUAUCAGAAAUGUACAACUUUAUAUCAUAUUUUGGAUUAUUGGAAUGGUGUUUAUUUCAGGAGCUUUGUUUGGUUAAAAAAAAGUUGUGAGAGUAUUGAAAAGACACACAUUGUGCACUGUUUUUCAUAUGAAUCGUUUUUACAAGUUGUUGAAAUAGCAUGUACGUUACAGCUUCACCUGAGCAGACAGUAAGACUGCGUCCAUCUCAACUGCCGCUGAUCUUACAAGUAGUUUUGAAGAAGCUCAUUGUUUGUGCAAAACACAUCCAACAUUGUGACAAAUAUGCUACUUGUUCAUUCUGGACUUGUUGUAUGGGAUGUUAGUUGUACAGUGUUGUCAAUUCACUGCAUGUACACAAUUUAUUACUUAUGGAUUUCUUCAAUAUUGAAAAUAAGCAUUGAAUUGAGGAAGUGUAUCUGAAGUGUAAAGCUCUGUUUCAGGGUUGGGGUUCAUAAUAAGAUUUAGCUUUCAGAUAUGAUUAAGGCAGGUUAUGUUGAACAAUCCUAGUUGCAUUACACUGCUCUUUAACACCUCCUAUAUUGUCUUAAAGAUAUGGAAAAAAUGCGCAUUACAGUGUAAGAAAAGCUAAAUUUGACAGACUGUUAAUUGGUCAACUUCCAUUAAUACACCACAGCUGAACUGGUGGCCAGUUAUGUCACAUUCCGUAUCAGAUGGAGCAAUAGGUUUAUUUUUCACCAUUCAUCUUUUCAUAUUUUUUUUUUAUAUUCAAAUUGCCUUCUGACAUAGUAGGUGCUAUGCAAGGUGAUGCUUCUUUCCUUCAGCGUGAGAAAUAUGCAUGAAUGAUUUACUCUAAGGGCAGAUGUGAAACACCAACAUUUGUUGUGACGUGGCAGCAACUACAGGUGGAUUCAAGAGGAUUUAUUCCCAUGUGGUUCUAUUGUACAGUUCAUCUCAUUGUUUUAAUGAACGGAUGCACAUCUGUAUAGAUUAUAAAGGUGCUAUCUGAUAGUAGGCCGACAACAGCUCAGUUGGUGCACUCUACCAGUGGCAAGAACUACACAACAGGUUUCUUUAUUGCUGUUGGGGUUUUGUGUAUGUGACAAUUUUAAGUUUUCUGUGCAUAUAUUUGUGUAUUUGUCUCAGUAUUUUAAGUGGUACAUUAUUUAUUUUUCUAUAAUUUUCUUAAAUGAAGGCAUUUUGGUUUUAAAGAGCAUUCCUUUCAGUUGCUUUUGAUGUCCGCUGCGUCUCUUUUGAUAUGAGGAAUUAUUUUGGAUCAUAAGGCAUCAUGUAACAGUUAUGCAAAUGGAAAAUGGUGUGAAGGAAGG